AUGGGGCGAGGGAAGGUAGAGCUGAAGCUAAUCGACGACAAGCUCAGGCGGCAAGUGACGUUUUCCAAGCGGAGAAGCGGACUGAUCAAGAAGGCACGUGAGCUGUCCGUGCUCUGCGGGGUGGAGGUGGGCCUCGUCAUCUUCUCCGCCAAGGGGAGGCUCUACGAGUUCUGUAGCGGCGAGAGUUUGGGAAAGCUUCUGGAGCGUUACCAGAUGCAUAGUGAAGAGGAAAUUGGUGCUUCCAAGAAUGCUGGUGGUACUGACAAGAAGCAUAAUUCGGAAUGUAGUGAUCUCCGCGCAGGCGCUAACCGAUCUCCGAAAAUGAUUCAAAGUGGUAGGGAGGCACAAGACCUUGAAAAUCUAGAUGUUCCAGAGCUCACCCAGCUUGAAGAGGAAUUAGAUGCACUUUUAAGACAAACAAGAUCGAGAAAGACACAGCUGAUGAUGGAAAACCUUACAGCUCUUAUCGAGACGGAAAAACAGCUGAAAGAAGAGAAGCGUCUCAUAGAAAAUGAGAUUGCAGCACUGAAGCUGAAGGAGCAAGCAGAGCAAGGACUGAGCUGCCGACGAGGAACCGGAUCAGCAGAGCACUUCCUCCGACUAUAACACCAACAACAACAACAGCUGCAGCAGCUACAACGAUGUUCCGGCCACCAAACUUAAUUGUUUUUCAAAAAGUAAAAAAUGACGAGACACAGUACAAACCAACUCAGUUCAAGCCCAGGAUGCGAGACAAAUAGUCCAUGCUGGGCAGGGUGAUCAUUCAAACAACAAAUAAAUAUUGUCCUUAAUUAAAACACAACCAAAAACUGAUUAUUUGCAACAAAAAACCAGAGAGAUACUUCCCCGUUACGAAACAUUUACAGAUUGCCAUCACAUGAAUGAAUUACUCAUCCGGAUAUAUUUCAGGAUUCCAGAAAUUGACCAUUCUUAAGAAAGAGAAGAAAAGGAAGAGAUGGGGGCGACGACGGAGGGAAACAUCGUUAUUUUGGGCCAUACCAAAAGAUUUGACUACAAGAGCAGCGAGAAUCGACUUCUUGGCAAGAGGGUUCCUGGAUUAUGUAUGAAUACAGCCUCAAAGACUAUCCAUAUCUGCCGUUGGCAAUGAUGGUGAUGAGCUGCCGACUCCGAAAGAGUGAUAGGACCAAAGAGGAAGGAAAAGUUUCAGGCUACUGUCGUUGCUUCUGCUGGCGGCGACUGUGAUGAUACUGCAGCGCAACCAAGAGCUAAGAAGAAGAUUCCAAGAAAAACUGAUGAUAAAUUGGUGGCUGCUGAUUCGAUUUCUACUCCCGCUUUCAUGUCACUUCAUGAUGUUAUGGAUGAUCCAUACAAUUUCAUUAAUAGGAUCAAUGUGCAGCAUCAUUCAUCGGUCUUCCACUUUUUCGAUCUGCGAAAGACUUCAAGAACGAGCCAUUAAUCCUUAGAUUCCAUUACAAAUUAACAAAACUAGAAAGAAUCGAUAACCAGAGGUGCCUCAAGCUCUCUAGCCUUGCUUGUGGAAAUGUUAAUACGACGUUGGUUUUUGUAUGGUUACAGUAGCAACCUACUUGAUUGAUUUA